AUGUCUGACAUUUGGUCAUUAGGCAUUCAACGUCUUCUUUCUCGUGUUAAUUCAUUUUAUCGAUCAGGUUCGAGUAAAUCAAAAUGUAAAUUAUUUCUAUGUAAUGCUCAACAAAUCGGAUGGAUUCGUGAAGAUACUGCAAGUCAACUUCGUCAAUAUCCAAAUGUAUUUAUUGAACAAUCGGAUCGGUUUAUAUUAUCAGAUCAUUUAAAUACUUAUGAAACUCGUUCGGAAGCUGUUGCUAAAGUUUUAAAUGAUAUGCGUGCAAAAGAUUCUUUAAAAACAUUACGAGGUUGGCGAGAUGAACUUUAUCUUGUAAAAUCAGCGUAUAGUAAUCCACCAUUAUUUGCUAUUGAACGAGCUGCUGCAAGUGCAUUUGGUAUUCGAAAAUAUGGUGCACAUUUAAAUGGAUAUGUUAUUGAUGAUGAUGGAACAUGGCGAAUGUGGAUUGGAAAACGAUCGAAAACAAAACAAACAUUUCCUGGCAUGUAUGAUAAUUUAGCUGCAGGUGGUCUUGGUCAUGAUUUGACACCAACUGAAUGUAUGAUCAAAGAAUGUGGAGAAGAAGCACAAAUUCCUAAGGAAUUAGUAGUUGGAAAAUUGAAAUCAGUUGGAGCUAUCAGCAAUACUUAUGAAGAUGAAGAUGGUAUACAUGUUGAAGGUGAAUUUAUUUAUGAUCUUCAGUUACCAACGACAUUUCAACCAAAUAACAGUGAUGCAGAAAUGGAAAAUUUUUAUUUAUGGACAAUACCUGAAGUAAAAGAAGCUAUUAUAAAAGAUGAUUUCAAACCAAAUUGUGGUAUAGUUGUACUUGAUUUCCUUAUUCGUCAUGGCUUUGUCACACCUGAACAAGGUUAG